AUGGUCGAGGCCAUGGUAAUCGAAAGACCCGACAACCCCCGCGCUUGGGUUGCGGAGUACAUUGGCCGAGAUGAAGGUACCGGAAGUGGAAGCGACAGGAAGGACCGAACAGACGUUACCCGGCGAGGAAAACGACCUCAAAACACCGCCAACAGCGGCUGGGAUACUCCUCGCGCACCGCUACCCAACACAACCGCCGCCGCCACCGGUGGCUCUGCCGCCACGGCUGUCGACGUCAACGCGUACGGAGAGAGAGUGGAAGCCGACACCGAAGAACCGGAAGAUGUUUCCGACCUCAACACUCUCCUCCUCCCCUCCGGAGCCUUGCCCCUGGACGUGGAGCGCUUCAGCGUCAGCUACUCGAGAGCCCUGUUAACGGGAUGGGUGAAGCAAGGGUCCCCGUGUUGCGCCGCCGCCUCCGUGGCCGGCGCUUGGAACGCCCUCGGUGGCUUGCCGCGGGGAUCGCACGGGGCGCUCAAUAGUGAGUCCGUGCUGCGGGCCAUGCGCGCCGUGGUGCAGGGGCAAGUCACUUCCAUGAUUGCCAGGUUCGAGAGGCUCUUGGGAGGAAGUUUGGAGCCCCUCCUCCAAGUCCUUGAUGCCGAGCUAGCGCUCGAGGGUAAGCACCUCGGUGGCAGGGGCCCGAGGGCCGCCGUCGCGAACGGCCCCCAUCUCCUGCGCCUGACGCGAAUCGUCACCUCGCGAGAGCGCGAAAGAGUAGGACAUUCUUCGACAUUCGAUCUCCUGUGGGAGCUGUACGAGGACGAGAGGAAGGAAGCCGCGGAACUCGCUGCAGCGGCGGCCGCUGCCGAGGCAGCGGAAGCUGUGGCAGCGGCGAUCUUGGCGGGCUCGGCCGCAGCGGCCGCUAGCAGUAGCACCGCCGGAGGGCUGGGCCCCAAAGUAUCGGUGGAAGGCGCUACGAGCUGUGCGACGCAGGCUGCCACGGUGGGUGGCGAGGAGGUCGGCAGUGCUAGUCAAAUCCGAACGACAGACGGUGCGGCGAGGAAACAUCCGCAGAAUGGACACGGGGACGCGGACGACAGCGGGAUUCUCGGAAGAACUAGCAGUUCUCCUUCUCCGGGGACAACGAAGAUGACCACCACGCCCGGAAACCAUAACUUUCCUCGAAGGCCGUCAACCGGGCGUCCCAGAAGCGGCGGUGGAGGAGCUAGCACCGCUUCUGAGUGUAGACCGGGAACCGCGCUGAGGCGUCCUGUGAGCGCCGACGACCUGAUGUUAGCGAGCUGUGUCGCUGAAGGAGAGACUGGGCAAGGCCUCGGCGCGGUUCGAAGAUGCUGGGAGGGCGGCGAGAAGGACGUGGGCGGAGAAGAACAGGAAGACGAGCAGGAGGGUGACGAGGAUGAAGACGAGGAGGACAGACAAGAGGAGGAGGAAGAGGAGGAGCAGGAGGAGGAGCAGGAAGAGAAAAUUGGCCAGGGAGUUACUCCUAGCAUCAGCUUUAGUAGCACGGUCAGGGAGAAACCCGCAUCUUCGGCGCGUCAGCAACGCCGCAGAAGCAGCAAGAAGGACAUUAGAGGCUACCGGAGAGGGACAAGGGCAAGCGCCGGGGCGACUCACGGAGAACGGACGAAGUGGCGGUGGAAACGUGAUCUAUGCACGCUCUUGAAGCGCUUAGGGGGACUGAACAAGUUGAGCGCGACCAAGCCGUCGACCGGAGCCAUCGGGAACCUGGGUGUGAUUUCCACCGUUCGCUACCUAGAUGGGGAAGUGCCUGGAAACGUCGAGGUAACGGCGAGGCUUUUCAUGGGAAAAGGGAGACAACGAUCCUGUCGGCUUCCCGUGCCACUGUCCACGCGAGACGACGAACAGGAGAAGGCCAAGCAGUGGGCGGCGCUAAGGGAGGCCUUUUUGAGCGAUCGUCAGGUCCUCAUCUUCCACCUCACCAACCACUACGCCCUAAUCUUUGCCUUGCGGGAAUGGCGUGCCCCCAGCACGUCCGAUCCGACAAACGCUGCUGCUACUACUACUGCUUCUUCUGGCGACCGACAUCCGCCGCCAACGUCGUCGGCUUGCGGGGCACAGCUCAAGCCGAACGGCACCAGCCGUAGUCGGACAACCCUCAAUGCCACCUCUGCGGUCUCUUCCGGCAGCGACAACGUGACCUCUACAGGAAAUUCACACGCCGCCGCGGGGACUGCAACUGCCACGACAGGAAGCACCGGUCGCGCGGGUGCUCCGCAGGAUGAUUGUGCGGGGGCAGCGGGCCGAGGUCGGGGAAAGGACGGCCGUACCCGUUGCAGCGACAGCGCCAACGCUGCCACCGGGGACGGGUGGACGAGGCAGCUUCUCACUGCCAGGAGGGGCCAGCGACCAGCGGUGUGGAUGGACUUUGAGGAAGCGCGAAAUAUCUUGCUCCGCUGGGAAGGCUACAAAAAUCCUGACGCUUGA